AUGUGGUCAUAUUUUUUUGGAGGAGCAUCCGGUAAUGCCAAGAAUAAAGAGUUGCCAAAAAAGGCUAUAGUGGAGUUGAGGGAGCACAUCAACCUUCUAUCUAAAAAGCAAUCACAUUUGCGUACUCAAAUCACAAACCAAGAGAAUGAAGCUAGAAUUUUUUUGACGAAGGGCAAUAAAGUAAUGGCCAAGAACUCGCUGAAGAAGAAGAAGAUUUACGAACAAAACCUAAGUAAGUUGGAAGGCACAAUGGAAUCUAUGGAGCAGCAGCUUUUCUCUAUAGAAAGCGCAAAUUUGAACCUGGAGACGAUGAGGGCCAUGCAACAAGGUGCCAAGGCAAUGAAAUCCAUUCACAACGGUCUUGACAUAGAUAAAGUGGAUGAGACAAUGGACGAGAUAAGGGAGCAGGUAGAAUUAGGAGACGAAAUAAGCGAUGCUAUAUCUAGGCCAUUAAACACUGGAGCAAACGAGGUGGACGAAGAUGAAUUGGACGAAGAAUUGGACAUGCUCGCUCAAGAAAAUGCCAAUCAAGAAACGUCCAAGAUCGUCAAUAGUAACGUUAAUGCGGCGCCCGUGUCAGAGAAUAAGGUCUCGCUACCCAAUGUUCCAAGUAAUAAGAUCAGACAAAGUGGAGCUCCCGUGAAGGAGGUCCAAGAGGAAGAGGAAGAGGAAGAUGAGGAUGAAAGGGCAUUAAGAGAACUACAAGCGGAGAUGGGCCUUUGA